UGCAGGGGGCAAUCAAAGGCAACAAACACCUUCCUCCCGCAUACGGCCCAGACAGACAACCCGAGGCCGCCAAGAGAUCCGCGCCCAACCACCGCCCGCCGCCGCCUACCUUCCUCCUUCCCUCCGGUGAGCGGGGCCGGAGACGGGGAGAGAAGAAGCUGCAUCCCUUCCUCCUUCCCUCCGGCGAGCGGGGCCGGAGACGGGGAGCGAAGAAGUCGCAUCCCUUCCUCCUUCCCCUCGAGAAGAAGCCGGGGACGGGGAGCGAAGAAGCCGCAUCCCUUCCUCCUUCCCUCCGGUUCAGCGGGGACGGGGACGGGGAGCGAAGAUGUUCUACGGGGCGAUGGUGUGGGACCCGUGGCUGAUCGUGUCGCAGAUCGUGUGCCUGCAGUGCCUCUACUACCUGGCCCUCGGGCUCUCCAUGGCGCUCCUCGUCGGCACCCGCGUCCCGCGGCUCACCCUCCUCUACUUCUUCGACUUCGCCACCCUCACACCGCGCACCCCCACCGGGUGGUGCGCCAUCGCCUCAUUCCUCCUCGCCGCAGUCGCUGGUGCUGGAUUCAUGCUUUAUGUGAUUGAGAGAGCCAAGAAGUGCUUGGACUUUGCAGCAACCCUCUACAUAAUCCAUCUCUUCAUUUGUAUUGUUUAUGGUGGCUGGCCAGCUUCAGUUACAUGGUGGGUUGUCAAUAUCGCUGGUUUGGCAAUCAUGGCUCUCCUUGGUGAAUACCUAUGUAUUCGGCGGGAGUUGAAAGAAAUUCCAAUAUCACGGCUUCGUGCAAUCGUUGAUCUUUCCCUGAGUGGUAGCUUCUAGCCUUUUGCCAAGUAGUUCUUCCCCUGAGAGGUCAUCCUGAAAGUUCUGAUGAUAUGAUGAACAGGUGACUUGGUCGAAAAGUAGCUUCUAGCCUUUUGUGCGUCCUGUCUGGUUUCUACACAUUGGUAACUCAUGCCAAUUAAGCCUCAAUUGUCAAUACUGUCCUAUAAAGUGCAAUUGACCAGGCUGUGCCGCCUAGAGAACAUGAGUGUUCCAAGUGUAAUGAUUUUUUCUUUUUUGAAAAGGGAUGAAGUUUCGAGCUUUUGCAUCAUCCAAAUCAAACCACCAUUGUCGAUAUUGUAUCAUCAUGUCAGCAUGUUUGGAAAAUGAUAGUUGCACAAGGUUCCAGACUACUUGAUAACUCAUAUCAAGCAUAUAAUCUGAAAUGAUAUCGCCAGCCAUUCUUUGCGUAGACCUCCAUAGCCACCACUUCCACAGUGUGACAAGCAAUCUGGAUAUCAUCCCUUCGCCUCCUUUUGAUUGUUUCCAGGAUUUGAGCCAGGCGUUCCCCUUAAUCAUGGUUCUUAAGGCGCUGCGGCAAUUCGUGGCGACCUACCCCCCUCACAACGCCUAGGCGUAUAAGGUGCGCGGUGAGGCGAUGCCAUAGACAUAUCCUAAAUAUACCAUGACAGCAAAAUUUAGUAGUAUAUACAUACUUUUGUUGAGCUGUUGUACCAUACAUUCUUCCCUUCCCAAUUGCUCCUGCCAUCGUUUCUCUUGUCCCAAGACAGAGCCAUGAACUAAAGCUACCGGUAGAGGCAUAAAGCAAAGAAAGCAUCCAAGCACAAGCAGUACAGUUGAGGGAAAGGGAAGCACAACCAGCAGAGCACAAGCAGUAGAGUUGAGGGAAAGGGAAGCAUGACCGGCAAAGCAGAGGGAACAAAGACCGGAGAUUGGAGAUGGAAUUACCUGGCCAUUGCAGGCUUGCAGGGGUCGCACGAGGCAGCGAAGUAGCAGAGGAGGUGCACGGAGGCAGGGCCGCACGGGGCAGCGGAACAGUAGAGGCAGGGCCGCACGGGGCCGUGGAGCAGCAGAGGAGGGGGCUGCACAGGCCCUCACAAAUCGGCGGAGAUGUGCAGGGCCACGUAGUUCCUCGCAGACGGGGAGAUGCGCGAGGCUGUGGGGUCGCCGUCACUGCCUCGCCGAGAUCCGCCCCACCGCACGAGUUCUCCCACCUCUCUUCUCCGUUUCCCUAUCUUCUUUGCUUCCGUCACUCGAUUAAGCCAGCAUUGGACUUUUGCCACUUGAUUUCGCCGCAAUUCCCGCGCUCCCUUUGUUUCCCGCUCGAUUUCCCGCCUGCCCGCUCGAUUUCCUGCACGGUUCUAGGGAGGGCGCUCACCUCAUCCUCCAUGGCGUCCAGAGGAUGCUUUGGAUGCCCAGGCGGACGCCUUGCACCUGAGGCGGCCAUACACAUCCUGGCAAGGCGAGGGGGACACCUACCACCCCGAGGGCGCCUUGACGCCUAGUCGUUGCCUAGGCGACGCCUUACGAACCAUGCCCUUAAUAUUGGCUGCAUAAAAGGCACUAUAGGUUUUUUGUUAGAACUAAUAUCAUUACUAAAUAGCCAGAUAGAAUAAAACAUUGCUGCUACUCCCACUAAGAUUUUGUGCUUAGUGUAGUAAGGUGGGGUUGGCUUAUCUUAUUCGCUCAAAUUUAUUUUUUUUAAACUGAUUAUCGCAGUGACAUUUUUGGCACUGAUAUCAGCUUUUGGGGUUUAAGGUUACAAAGCUGACAUGUCUAAAAAUCAUUUGGGAGUCAUCCAAAAAUGUUAACAACCGCAGCCAUGCAUUCCUUGUUUUAUAUUCUGAUAAGCUUCAGGUCUCAGAAUUAAGAUUUUAUAUUUCAUUUGGCACUGAUACUAGCACACAUGCUGCUUGAGAUCAACUUUCACGUUUAGAUUUACCAAGCUAAUAGGUUUAAGUCAAUUAUAGAAAAUUCUUGCCGUGCAUCAUUACUGGUUCAGCAUUUUCUGGAUCUGUAAAAGCGCACAAGUGAAUUUGAUAUUUGAUCUGGUCAUGUUCCCAGCGUUUCCCUACCUUUUUCGUCACUUCAAAGUUAUCAUAGGAAAAAAUAUGUAAUACACUAUUUGUCAAGCCAAUUUAUAAAGAUGUUCACUACUCCUACUUAGUUGCUGCGACGAGAUACUACCGAAAUGUCAUAUUAUCUCUGUUUAAACAUAGGUGUCCAUUGAAGGAUUCAAUAGCACUGUUAUUUCAGUCGUUAUGUUCCCCUGUUAUUAAUAUUGAAGGAUCUUAUUUGUUAAAGAUGAUCCAUCUUUAACUUGGACACUUGGUCUGCUAUUUUGAAAUGGAACUAGGAUUGAUCAAUUUUCUAGGAGAUACCGUUAUGGCUUUCUAUAAAAGCAGGGUUAUCGUUUUUCAAAAAAAGAAAAAAAAUUGUAGGAGAUGAGAAAUUGACUCUAAUACAACAUGUUGCUUUCCCUCUCCUGUGAUACUAUUCGUUAGUACUUGGUAGAAAUAUUUCUAUGAAUUUUGACUCAUUCAUCUGCUGACAGUUUGGUUCUUCU